UGCCGUGACUCGGUGACGCCGUCGCCCCGUCCGGCCAUGAUGGUGGACGGGCAGACGAGACGACGCACCCCCUCGGCCGAAGGACCACCGAGGGCUCCCGGCGUUGGUGGCGUGGGCUCCUCUUCGUGCUCCGACGGCGGCUCGGCCGACCACGACUUCGCGUCCGCCAAGGAGCCGAGCUCGCUCUCGGUGCCGCCCCCGGCGCAGCAGCCGCCCCCGGCGACACCGGGAGGAGGAGGAGGAGGCGGAGGAGGGCAGCCGUCCUCGCCGGCGCCCACGGACUCCGGCACGCCUCCGCCUCCGAGCGCCCACGCCUCAAGCGCCAGCCGCUCACGCUGGCUCAAGCUGCGCACCACGGUCCAGCUGUCUGGAGCCAUCAGCCACAUCCAGAAGAAGCCUCCGCUCAAGCGAGAGGAUUCGUUCCUCAAAAGAUUCUCGACGCGCCACAUCAACGAGCCUCGCACGGGGGGCAGCGACUCGGCGACAUCGCCGGCGGGCGAGUCGCGGCCGCGCUUCUUCUCCAAACCCAACUGCGAGCGCCUCCUGCUGGGCGUCAUCAACCCGGACGAGAACGCGCUCUUCGUCUGGCUCUGGAUCCUCACCUGGUGCGUGCUGUACAACGCCUGGGCGCUCAUCCUGCGACAGACGUUCACCGAGCUGCAGACCUCUUCCGUGCAUCUCUGGUUCGUGGCUGACAGCUUCGCCGACUUGGUGUACCUGCUGGACAUAGUGGUGCAGUUCCGCACCGGCUACCUGGAGCAGGGGCUCAUGGUGUGCGAGGCCCGCAAGCUGGCGGGCCACUACGUGCGCUCCAAGCCGUUCCUCAUGGACCUGCUCGCGCUCACGCCGCUCGACCUGCUCCAGUUCCAGAUUGGCAUCGCGCCGCUGCUACGCUUCCCGCGCUUCAUCAAGGUGUACCGCUGCUACCGCUUCUACUACAUGGUCGAGUCGCGCACCAUCUACCCGAACCUGUGGCGCGUCGUCAACCUCAUACACAUACUGCUGCUGCUGUCCCACUGGUUCGGCUGCUUCUACUACAUGCUGUCCGAGUUCGAGAACUACGACGGCGACUGGACCUACCACAAGCCGGACUCGCCCGAGUGGAAGGCGCUGGGACGAAAGUACCUGGCCUCCCUCUACUGGUCCACGCUCACGCUCACCACUAUCGGGGACCUGGUUACGCCCAGCUCCAAUCUGCAAUACAUUUUCACUAUUUUGUGCUAUCUCAUCGGCGUCUUCAUUUUUGCAACAAUUGUAGGUCAAGUAGGCAAUGUAAUUACAAACAGAAAUGCAAGCCGCCUGGAGUUUGAACGAUUGCUGGACGGUGCCAAGCUGUACAUGAGACACCACAAGGUCCCUCACCAAAUGCAGAGGAGAGUGCAGCGAUGGUACGACUACUCCUGGUCGAGAGGAAGGAUGCAGGGCGGAGGUGAUAUCAACUCUGCCCUUGGCUGCCUGCCGGACAAGCUCAAGACCGAGCUGGCACUCCACGUCAAUCUCAAGACGCUAAAAAAGGUAACGAUCUUCCAAGAGUGCCAGCCCGAGUUCCUGCACGACCUAGUGCUCAAGAUGCGUGCCUACAUCUUCACCCCCGGGGAUCUGAUCUGCCGCAAGGGAGAGGUCGCGCGAGAGAUGUUCAUCAUCGCCGAUGGCAUACUCGAAGUGAUCAGCGAAACUGGAAAAGUGCUCACUCAAAUGAAGGCCGGUGACUUCUUCGGUGAAAUCGGCAUCUUAAAUCUGGACGGAUUUAAUAGGCGAACGGCUGACGUCCGAUCUGUAGGCUACUCGGAACUGUUCAGUCUCUCUAGGGAAGACGUUCUCUCUGCCAUGAAGGACUAUCCCGAAGCUGAGGAGAUCCUGCAGGCGAUGGGUCGGAAGCGGCUCAUGGAGGCGCGCCUGGCGGCGUCCGUGAAGAAAGCGGACGACAUCAUCUCGCGCAGCACCGUCGGCGGAGGCACCGUGACCGGCGCCCUGCCGGGGUCGGCGGCGGGCGCCGGCGACGGCUCGGCUUCCCCGCAAGGCUCGGUGCACUCGAGGGGACCGCGCUCCAUGGACGCCAUGCGUAGACUGCGCAAGGACGUCAAGAACAUCAGGCAGCUUCUCAGGAGCCGCACCAACACCACCACCCAGAAACCACCAGAUAUACAGCUUGAAAUGGACCCCGUUCUGUCCUCAAUGGAUGAUCACCAAGAGGACAGCGAUGCGGCCACUCCGUCGACACCGGUCACCAAGUCCUUACACAAGCUGCUAAGGCGGUUCCAAACCCGCCAGGAUUCUCAAGGAGGCCAAGCACUCAAAGGCCUUGUCACCAGCAUGUCAUGCAUCAAGGGCGAAGAAGAGCUGGCCGACCUCGCCAAGAGACCAUCGGCUCUCAAGAGCAUGGGCCCAUCUAUGGGGACAUCUACCAACCAGGAGUCCAGCGGCACCAGUCCCGUGCAGCCCAUCGGCGCGGGGCUUCCUCUGCUGACGCGCAUCAAAAUGCUCCGGGACGCAGAGAAGGCCGCAAAGUCUUCGGCUCCCAGCGACGCCGCUUCCAAGCACUUGUCGAUUUCGCCCGGCGCUGGAGGAGGUGGCGUCCACGCGCGCCGCGAGUCGUACGCUCAGCAAGACCGCGCGAUCUCGCGCCUCGAACCGACCACGCACUCGAGCUUGCUCGAACGGCGAAGGCUGUCGCGGCUGCAGGCAAGCAUGUCCUUGGCGUCAACGGAAGUGACGUCGGCCGGCAGGUCGUCAACGGCAGAGAAGGCGGCGGCGCCGUCUCGCAAAAGCAUCGCCGACGUCCUACAUCGGCUCAAGCCUGGCGGCGACUCGACGAGCAACAAACAGCAAACACCGACCGUCACGCUCCAGGUGCACCCGCCUCCACCCAGCGACCCGGCCGCCGAGGCGGUGGCAAACCAAAACAUUCCGCUCCUCAAGCGAGUCCUCCUACUGAAAGCCAUGGAAGAUAAGAAGGAAAAAGAGUCUAAGCUUCAGACCACCGCAACCGCAACCGCGGCGUCAGCGCCAUCGGCGUCGGCGGACAAACCAAGUGCCUCAAGUAGUAACGUUGUGUCUACAAAGCUCUCACCUCCGCGACCGGACACGCUUUCUUUGAGCCCGCAGCGGGAAUCUGCGCCACCGGCAACGUCGUCCGCUCAAGUGUCCCUGCGGCGGACCCAGCCGGCACCGGCGAGCGCAGAGUCGGGUUCCGAUAGCGGGCCGCUGCAAAUGCUGUCGCCUAAGUUUGAACUGGAAGACGAGGUGUUUCGCAGUCCCAGCCCGGUGUCGGAACCGUGCGAGAUUAAACCAAGACUAACCCACGACGGUGGAGGUGGCGGGCGCGCCGUCAGUGGGGGAGGCGCCCGGCGGAGCGGCGGCUUUGCUACGACGACCUCCUCGGGCCCACCGGUCACAUCCGCCAACUCUGCCAUUCUUUUACCGCAAGGAAGCGUGAUGAGCAUGUCGCAGCGUGGCGCCUUGGACACACUAGAAGAAGCACAGCACAGCUCGGCCGACUCGGGAAGCCUAGACAUCCAGCGGGAGCCGCAACAGCAGUCGCAGACGCAACAACAGCAGUCUGACGCCAUGGCGCGACUAGCUCCCCCGGCAGCGCCCGGGACGACUACCCACUCUCAGCACUCUCAGCAGUCCUUCAGGAGCCGACUAUGGAGUCGAAACACGUUGGAAGGACACGCGGCAAGACGCACUUUGCUACAAAGAAUGGAGGCCGUCGAACUCGAGUCGACGGACGCUGGGUCGUACCAGGCGCCACCGUCCAGGCGACCGCCGUCGCCACGGACGACGACCCGAGCUCAGGGCAACGGCGGAGAGCAUCUCAGGGGCCGCAUUCGGAAAGUGAUCAUCGAAAGGCCGUCACCGGAGAACGGCCUGGAGCAGUGCCUUGUCUCGGAGCUGCUCACGCAGGAGGACGGUAUCGAGCAGUACGUGGCAGCCGCCAUGAAGCACAUCAAAAUUGCCUUCAAGACAUACCUGCAUGAGACCCAAGACGAACUACGUAAUAAGGUAGCUCUUCUAGAAGACGACCUCAAGCGAAAGGAUGCUGUGAUAUGUGACCUUCAGAGGAAGCUGCUUAUAAAGGAACAAGAACUCAGUCGCUUGGAGCGGGAAGUCAGCUACCUCGAAGAAGUGAGCAGUCUAAGCGACACUAGUUUGACCUGGUCCGACGAAGAGGACCUCGUAUUGACGAACGAGUCCGUGGAUAGUGCACGAGCCGAUCCCCUCCUCGAGGAGGAGGAAGAGGAAGAGGACGAUGGGGGCGAGCGGGGUCGAGCCCGGCAGCGCCUGGCCGCGCAGACCACCGCCGAGCACGUCGCCUCCUCAGCACGCGGAGGGGGGCGACCCUUCCUCUACUCGUGGCCCCGAGCCAGCCUCCCCAACGCGCGCUCGCACCAUCGACACCGCACGCCCCACAGCUCGUCGUGGCAUGAGCCUUCACUCUCGGCACUGGCCUCUGCCUCCGACUCCGCACUGUGUGGGGUGGCAGCUGCCAGGCUAAAGCCCGAAGACCUGUGGAAACUGGAGUUCCCGGCGAGCCAGGACCAGUCCAAGGCGACCAGCAUCGACUUGAGCCUGAGCACGAGUAAGAUGAGCAGCGGCGGCAGCUGCACAACGCUGCCGGACCUCGCGGUGCCGCAGCCGUACAGCCCGCCCACGAGGUCGGGCAGCGCGACCUCGCCGCUGCUCACCUAUCCGCGACCGCCGACGUCGGCCAACUCGGACGACUGGGAGGUGCAGAUGCUCGUCGAAGAGUUCGAGAAGAAAGUCCAGGAGGAACAGUGCGGCAGCCGCCGUCAUUCGAGCUGCGAGCCGCUGUCCUGGAGCCGAGCGCUAUCGCGCAACCUGACGCACGUGGCCUCCGAGCCGCACCACAAGCGACACGCGACCUCCACGUCAUCGCCCUUCGGCUCCCAGGAGGAAGGGCGAAGGCGGCGCCUGCGACGCAAGCACAGCCUGCGAGACGACCGCCUCCUGCGGUGCCUGGCCGGCCGCCAGGCCCCGGCGGCGGACGCCAGACCCAAGCUGACCCGGUUCGCCUCGCUGGACAUGCCUCGGUACCACCGCCAGCAGCAGAAGCAACACCUGCUGCAGAACCACUACGGGGACGAGCCCGGUGAGACCGGGGGAUUUCCCGAGAGCAGCUCCGGUGACCAUCUUAGAUCUAGCUCGUCCCGAGGCGCAGCGCUCAAGCGGCGGGCCUUCUGGCAGUCCAGGCAGCGGCACAACACGUUUUUCGCCGGCCAGCCGAGCUCGUCGGGGCUCGCCAACGACAAGCAGAGGCUCCUCGGUGCCUGGCGCAGUCUGGACGAAGAGUGCGAACCGCCCGAGGACGACCACCGGCGACUCCAGGAGACGUCCUUCUCCAACGAGUGCCUCUGGCAGCCGAGCCCCGCGCGUCCUCAGCCCGCCGCGGCGCUCGUGAAGCAGGCGUCCACCGCGUCCUCGGUGUCGUCGUCCUUCAGCUCGCACAUCGCCGGCUGGCCGUCCACUCCGUGCCUGCCGACCAUCAAGGAGGACACGGGAGGGGCCGCCGGUGCCGGGGGAGCCGGGCGCCACGACUUGACCAAAGCUCUCAAGCUCUCUUCGAGUGGCUCUCGGAGCUACAGCGAGAACUGUCUCACCGACGCCGACGUGGGAGCGGUGACGCAGCUGUCCCUGACGAGACGAAGCUCGUCUAGCGGCGGUGGAGGCACGUCGUCUUCGAACGCCUCGACGGAGACGACAAUACAAGAGCCGGCGUUGAGCCCACAACAGAGGCAGCAGCAGCAGCAGCAACAGCAAUGCAUUUCUUCUUCUACGCGGACGACUGUGGCAAUGACCGAGACGGUCGCGAGAUCGACGGGAGGACUGACGACCGUCUCGGCGGUGCAGGGCAAGGCCGACAGCGUAGCGAUAUCUAUACCUGACACGGAACCCAUCUGGAGUUUACCCUAGCGCUGUAAGAAAAAGAAAACACUGACACACAGACACACAGUAGAGAGAAUACGUAGAGACCUUCCUCGGUUCGGAAAUUGCUCCUAAAGAACGCUAGAAGGGAACCAGCGCUUGAGCGCAUGCAUGGCCUUUGAUUCAGUGUGCUUGGUCGUUCCGAGUCACGAUGUCGUGCACGGUGUCGUGUUUCUGUCCUGGUCGAGGUUUUCGAGUCUACGAACAGGGCGAGCUUUGGUCAUUCGUUGAGGCUGUCGCUUCGUCCAUUAUUUAACGCAUCAUUCGCAACCUUCGUUUUGUGUCUUUAGGUCGUAAUUAUUUGCGCAACGUUGUACUGUCAAGAAGCUUACCUUUUGUAUUUGCUGAACAUGUCUUGCGAUUUCUUACCAUAUUGUCAACUGGUUGCACCGUUUUGCAGAAGCAGUAACAUCGUUACGAUACAGCACGGUUAACCCCCGUGUCACAGGCGCAUUUUCAAUGGCCAUUCAAACCAACGACCGUCGAACUCUGCGACAAAAUCACUAUACUACUACAUUGCUUUUAACGACAAUUGAUUCGAUUGUCACUGUCUCGAUCGACGGAGGUCCAGAAAACCUCGCUAAAGCACAGUGUUGCCCAUGAAUAUGUCGCACGCUGCCUUUCCCUCGUUGCUCUAAUAACUUUUGCAUUAGAAUUUGAUGAAGGCUAUGGGUACCAUCUUAGCGUAAUAUAUAACAUCCAAUACGUAAGGCAUAAACCGAUACCUUUUUUUCAAAGUAAAAGCCGUUUCUUGAAUAAAUCUUUAUCACGGUGAUAUAUAUACCGCUGCCCUGCGUUAUGCAGGUCAAAAUUUCUAAGCUAAUUCAAAUUGCUCCUCUUGCGGCGAUAGAAUCGGGUGAGAUUGCAGGCUUUAUUCGUCUGCAAUUUCAAUCGUAGUUGAAAGCGCGCGCGUGGCACGGGUAUUACAUGAAUGGACCAGAUAGGCAAUCUUACUAAACGAACCGUAUAUUUACCAGCUCAGGAAACUGCGUUAAUGUAACACACAUUAUACUCCGCUGCUUAAGCAGGCACGUGGGCUAUUUCGCGCUGGCAUAGGCCGAGUCUUUUCAGAGGAUAUGUAUGUUAAGGGUGCGAGACAAGACGUGGCGUGCUGCGUAACGAGUGAAUUCGCGUCUGAUUGUCGCGGAGUACCUCAGUAUUGCCCUGCAGUGUGUUCAGUGUGCAGAAUGUGUUUUGUCGAAGCAACGUUGUAACGACAUCGUUUCGUCACGAUAUUGUACGAAUGUCAGGUUCUUGACUGCGUUGGCUGCCGUUGAUCCACGGUGCUGGUGCUUCGGAUUAUUAACGCUGUCAAUAUUGGAAUAGUGUAUUUGAAUAGGGUAUCAAGGAUAGGGCGAUGUUAAUACGGCUCGCGAGGUACUAUCAGCUUCUCUUGGGGGCCUGCUCGUGUUACUGGCCACUGUUGGAAGACCAGACACCAUUCCAAUUCUUUACGUUGCAUAUAAUUAGUAUCUCAGAGCCCACUUUCUAUAAAAACCAAUCUUUUCGAGACACUAAAUCGCGCUGGUAAAUUGCACCAUUUUUAGCUAACAAAAAGGUUCACUGCAAGAUGUGGACCGCUGUUGAUCAAAUGUAUGUGAAUUUUUGGCUCAGUGCUUAUUCGAAUGCGAUUCAUGGAGCGUGAGACGACGUUAGCCAGAGAUCGAUUAAUCAUGUCACAGUAUAGAACUAUUGCUUCCUAGUCAAACGUCGAAUGUUGUGCGUAUCGCUUCGUCACUGCGUUUGUUUCAAUCAGCGAUUUGCUUCGCUGGAAUUAAGCAUCCGAAUAAUUGUUGACCUUCUGUGAAGCGAGAGGCAUGGUAACGAGACUUCCCCCGACUUCGAUUCUGCGCUGUCAGUCACGUGAUAACUGGGCAACAAAUACGGCGUUGUUGCAUGCUUUUAAAGAAACCUCAUCUGGCUGAAUGCCUCACCUUUGACGGCAAUCUAUUCUUUCUAAGUGAGCGCAAAAUUUUCGAGCAGGUCGGGCAGUGCUGGCCUGCCUGCAGCUGUCUCGGUCGGUGAUUGCUCUUGUUGUUGCCAUUUAAGCCCAUGUUUAACAUCCACAACACCAUAGGAUUCACUGAUAAUCGAGGGGAUAGUACGAAAUAAUAUCAUAAAUUAAAUGCAGGACAACAUUUUACCAGUAAAUAACGGUGGUUUAAGCCGUACGAUAAUUGCUUUCUUUUUUCACAGCAGGUGAUCUCGGAGAUCACACUACCCGCUCAAUUUAUGUAACCAUCUGUCGCGGUGCAGUGGUUUCUAAUUUUUUUUUUCUAAUAUCCUUCCGAGAUCACUGUUUCACAAGGGAUGACGUUGUAGUGCCGUGACCUUCCUCACAGCGACCAAAGCGCGACGCCAGUGUUGGUUUCAAGAUUUUAGCAAUGCAAACGAGUUGGCGCUUUCAUUUCACGAAAGAGCCGCCAUUUAAAUAAUCUUUACCGAUAAAUUCGAAAGCGUAACUAUACAAAUCACUUUUAUAUGCUGCCUCGGCGUUUACAUUCUUUGCAUAGGCAUCGCAACAUCGUGUGACCCCAUUUCUUCUAACGCCCAGGCGCCAAAUGUAAUUAAUAGUCCCUUCUUGGAAGUGAUGUCGGCUUCCUGUACAACCGCGUUAGAACUGGAAUUAAAGCAUAGGAUUAACGCCACAGAGAAAACGCACAGCUCCCAUCACGAAAUUCGGAGCUCUCGUUUUAUACUAUUUUUUGAAAUAGUCAUCCGUCAAUGCACAGUGGGUGAUAGAACGCCUUUGUUGGAACCUGAAUGAACGCAAGAACAAGUUGGAGAAAAUUAAGGUCUCGGAAAAUAAAUUCAGAAAUAGUGUCCGAGCUUGCGCGUUAGAUGAAUUCAUGCGAUUGAACGCCUUUGUUGGAACCUGUAUGAACACAAGAAAAAAAGUUGAGGAAAUCAAGGUCUCGGAAAAUAAAUUCAGAACUAGUGGCCGAGCUUGCGCGUUCGAUGAAUUCAUAAAGAUAGUUGCUUGCGGUUCAACUCGCACCAUUUUUUAUACUAACGACCUUGAUUUCAAAACAAACAAGGCUGCCGAGAUUUCACUCGCACACUCAAACAUCUUCUUUUUUUCUUUUUUCUUUUUUCGGGGGGGGGGGGGGUUAUAACUCAUACUUUAGAAAAGAAAGUGACACAAGCGAGAUCUUUCGAACGUGACAACAUCGCUUUCCUCCGUCACGGUGGCGUCCCGCGCAGAUCGCGUUGUUCGCAGAUCGCGUUGAUCGCGUUGCAAAACUAUAUGCCACAAGUCUUCUUAGGCUUAUUCAUAUUUGGCAAUUCCACCGCAGUUUGAACGCGGAUUGCGUUCGCUUCUCCGUUCUCCGCGCGCAAGGAAACCAACGGGCGUCGCCCGCUCUGGAAAUAUUUCGUGUCUACGUGUGCAUAGUGACGUAGUGUGUGUACCGUGACCUUCGUCUAAACGUGUAGCCGCAGCCGAGUGCUCCCGUAUAAAGCUUAGGAUCACUUUAGAGUCACCACAAGUACAAAACGUGCAUGUGAAGUUCAGUUCAGCCGUCUUCUGCAUGCGGACGCUGUUCGUUCCCCCUCCCGGUACUAGGCUUUCUUUGGCGAGUCGUUCGAGCCUUGCGUUGGCUACGUUAAGCCGUUCGUUCGUGCGCCAUAGUGCAGAUGCGCAUUUUCUUUUCUCGAAUAUUUCUCUAGCCGCCUGAACCGCCCGACGUUUUGGCAGAGCCAACGUAACUCCUUCUUGCUUCGUAUGUAUAGGCUUCAUAAGCGCAAGGUACAAGAGUGUUCAAGUAAACGAUUUCUCGUUGUGAAAUUAGUGUUGACGUGAUAUGUACGGCUCUCUGGCAUAAAGAUGCCACCGCAGGGUUAUCUGUCUUGAACCUAUCUUGACCGUGGCACUACAAAAACAGAAAGUAACUUUGCGUGUUCACUUACAGACACAGAAAGGGAGAAGUAAAAGAGCUUUCCGUUGUGCUUGCUCUACAGUAGUGUAAACUGGAACUAAUGCAAAAGUAUCCAGCACUAAGCAAACUGAUUUAGCAUAAAGUGGGAAGUGUGGCCAUUGGACGCUAUAAACGGCGACAGGGAUAAAAGGACAGAUUAAGAAAAGGAUGAAAUCGAAGGUCUGACGAAAUGUUGUCUGCUCUGGAAGAAUCGUGGGAAGAACAGAAAACAGGCGCCGACCAAGGCUAAAUUUUUCCCCCCUAACUGACGUUUCGGUCCCGACACGGGAGCCUUGGUCACAAUUGUUCGAUUGUGAACAAGGCUCCCGUGUCGGGGCCGAACGUCAGGUAGGCAAACGCAUUGUUUAAGUAAAACUCAAAUUAAAACAUUUCGUUUAAUCGCGCGCGUUCCUGCGGCUGAUAUUAGCAGUUUGCAGCGUGUCCCUUGUUUCAGGGAUAUCUUCGUCCUCCUUUCUUUUCAGCCGCCUUUCUUGUUACCAAGUAAGAGACCGUCGAGAAAAAAAAGACAUAUACACAUAUAAGCCUGCAAUGUUCACCUCCUCUUCUUUCAUUCUCGUAUACGACGUUUCUUUUUUUCCUAGAGAGAGAGAGAGAGAAAGAGAGAGCGACGUUUCACGUCACAGUGCGUUUCAAAGCAGUGCGUAGACCAUCAUUAAACGUAGCCGUCGCGCGUGCCCGUGUACGCAUGCGCGUAGCCGUGUGACGUAGGAAGUGUCCCGUCUGUAUCCGUGACGCGGCGAGAGCAUGCGUUCAUCUCGCCGGACAGUGGCCACGGCGUUAGCGGCGUUGUGUCGGCAGAGAGUUGUCGCUGUCCCUGCGUGUGCCAUUGUGUGCGUGUGCGUGUGUGUUUGAUUCCGCGCGUAGUAGCCAGUGUCGUGCCGCGUUGUCUUCGGCCCCAGGUAGACCGCGAAAAAACUGUCAUACUCCAUCCCAGAACCCGGUUCACACGUACAAGUUGUCUUCUUUUUUAUGUGUGUGUGCGUGUUUCAUUAUUAUUGUUUUGCUUACGGCCACAGCUACAUUCACCCGUGGAUCACUAGAGCAGGAGGCACCAAAAUCGGCGUGGUAAAGGUGGCAAAUGCAAUGAAACAAGCAACACACAACAUCAGCACACGGUGACAAUGUAUGCAGUGUACGUAGCGUUAUGUGUGCGACGCAAGAAAGAAGCAUUGAGACUGUUGCUCAAAAGGAACGACAAAACAAAAGAGAAAAACACAUUCACAGGAAAGCUUCAUAGGUUAAAUUAUGGCCUUACUAAAGGAUAUGCGUCAGAGAUAAUAUUCACUGUCAUUUCAAGUUGUAAAGUAUUAGGUUCUAUCAUUUGCAAACAUGAUCUUUAUUAAACAGUUGCAUCUGAACAGCGUGUCUACUAAAGGCAAGAAAAAGAAAGGCCAACAAAAACAACACAUAUUGUGGAGGCUUUUGUAAGGCAUAUCCCCUUUUUUUUUGUACUUUCUUUCGAAAGGGGUCAGUGCUUGGCGAUGUUUGGAAGUGUUUCGACUUUGAUGAAGGGCCAAUUUUUUUUCUUCUGUACGUGUGAAUUCGACCGCAUGCUGUCACGGCACUACCGUUAUACCUGGUGAAACUCUGGUACAUUAAUUUGCGAUCGAUCAACUUUUCUUGUCGUUCAAUGUCUUAAAGUAUAACCGUGGCAAAUGACAAGCAGCACAAACCGGAUGCGGGCAAAUACACGCGAACGUAACGUGCAGCCGUGUGAACUAGACCCCGUACCUUUCAAAAUUGGGUGUUAAGUUGCUGUCGAUAUUGUAUAGACAUUCUAUAGAUAUUUAAGGAAACGCGGUGUCUAACAGGUUGGUUCUGUAAAAAUUCUAUAGAAUUUCUAACGAAACUAGGCCCUUGCGUGGAUUUUAGAUUUGUUGUUUGAGCACCUAAAACAUCUUCCAGCGGGCUUCCUCUAAAAUAUUUCUAGAGUCCUUUUAGUGUCUGCAUAAAUUUGAAACACACGAUUGCUUCUUAAAAACGGCUGGAAGAAAUACGUUGAUAGCAAUGUUUAAAAGGCACACGCGGAGAUCUGCGAAAUUUGUUGUUAACAAAGCUAUGUCACGGGUGAAAGCAAUACUCCAAACUAACGCACGAGAGCGCAUAUAAAUCAUUCGAUGCAAGGAAGAGUGUAAACAAAGUACUGGGCGCGAAUCCCUGCGAUGCGAGUCGCAGUAAAUGCAAUACGAUGCGAGUAAAGCUGAAAGGUUGGCCGACCAGUGUCAUUUCUUUUCCUUAAUUUAUGCGUGUAGAAACCUUCGUAUCAUCCAGAAGUUUCCUUGUACAAUAUUUUCCUUAUCCUAAAACACAUAUUUAAUUUGAACGCUCUCUUUACUGAACAAAGAAUUCCGAGCAGUUUCUUUCUUUUCGUUUUGUUUGAUUGUGCUCACGGGAUUUGCGAUAUCGGCGUUUAAUGAAUUGCAAAUAGGGACCCCUUUAUUUAGGUUUUCCUCGUAGAAAACGCCGCUCGCUACGCCUGAUGAGUUAAACGCUUCCACUUCUUUAAAAGGAUUUGUGGGAAAACGGCAGCAUUGUGUCGACGGGGAUAAACCCUUAAAACGGAACACAAUCAUUCUUUUCCUUUAUUUUUCAUUCCGUACAUUCUAAUUUCUAUUAUUUCUUUUAUUUCUUUCUUUUCUAAUGCUUAUUAGCAGAGGCUGAUCCCGCCACUUGAAAAGAGCCAAAGAGAAGCGAAUAGCGCCGCACUUUACGCUUGCGAAAAUUCCGGGUCUUGACAACUCUCUAAAUUUUGCAAAGCGCGUCGAAGAUAAAUGGUCUUCGUGGCGUUCUCUAAGCCGCAUCACUGCGCUCGAACUAAUUUAUGGCCCCUACCGUAUGAACUUAAGCCGCCUCAGGGAACGCGUGUGUGACCUGAUAUGCAUGUAGCAGACCCAGCGGCGUCGGCUACGUAUAUUAUACAUACUGAGCUUCCGUACCGUAUAUUUCGUUUGUAAGACUUAUGGAGGCCCCGUCGACUAUUCCAAUCGACUGAUCAGACAACAAACUAAUCGAUUGGUCAGACAAUUAUCUACUUCACUGUUUACGCCGACGCGGGAAACUAAACUUUAUCAAAUGUAGGUGAAAACCGUGGUGCGUCGCGCGAUUUUUCGGAGCGGGCAAACUGAAGGAAAUGUGUGGCACCACUUGUACGGUGAGCAUGACUUUGUGUGGUCAGUAUGCUCGGCAGUAUAUGAUCAGCACGCUUCUUCACGAACGGUCACGUUGUCUAGAGCGCGGUUAGUUUCAUUCCGUGAAAUUCUCAAUAUAUUAAACGCGAUGUUACCGUAUUACACCGAGCACAGGCGUUGACCCUUGGCUUCGCUCGCUGAGUACGUUGGUACCGUCCUCUAACGCCAUCAUCAUAUUGCGGAGGACGGAGCCAGAUUUGCUUGUCUAUUCAAACGUUAAGAAGCGCAGUCAGUUCACGAGCUGCAGAAAGUGAUGACGGCGAGUGCGCAGUUAAACGCAAUAACCACAACCACGUGACCACGUAACCGCUUUGACGCGUGCUGUGCUUCUUCUCGGCGUGGCCGGCGUGCAAUGAAUGCACCGGUCCACCCGCUUCUGAACAAUCAAACGUGCGUUGAUGUUGUGUUUAGGUAUUCGUGUGCUUACUGUGACGAGUCUGCAUACCAUGCGGCCAUUGCUGAUACGAUGUUACGUUGAAAGAGAGAGAGAGAGGGAGGUGGGACAGGGCGUUCGAGCAGUCUAGUCCUAAACAUAGAGAAAAAAAAACGAGACUGCAUUGCGUUUAGAAGAAUAGGACGCUAAUGGUGGGAAGAUGUCACCCUCAUCGCUAAUAAUUACGCCAUCGGAUACAUAGAAGCAGCAACCAGCGCGGUCUAUGCUGUCCCUACACAAAAGGAUUUCGCCCCCUCAGUGCUAGCUGACGUCACUAGACGAGGCGGAUAAGGUUAAAAUAACACUCGUUCGUAAGACAGUGCAAAGGCGAAGCACCGAAUCGUUCCCAACUGCCGGUCCACGGGUGAAUAAUAUUGAUCUCAAGUUUCACUACGGCAAUAAUUCGAAUAUCGAUGUGACCUGCUAUACCACCAAACAGACUUUCACAGGGGAACGAGGAUAGUACUCGGGGAUGAGGUCAACCAAACCGCAUCGCGAGCAGGGGGGGGGGGGGGGGCUUCGCAUCCGCAUGUUUUUCGCUAUCACACGGAAAAGGAAGGUUAUUCAGUUAAAGCGAGCGAAUAAUUAAAAAAAAGCUGCUUUAUUGUUGGAGCCGUUGUGAAAUCGUGGUGGAUGGAGGUUCCGAGGGCAUCUCGUCGCGAAUUGAGCACCCGGGAAAACUGAAAAGGCUUAAAUAUAUUUAUCAUGUACAGUAGAGAGAGAAACACAUAUGUAUACAUAUAUCUAUAUAUAUAUUUAGCGUGAUUCGUUGGCUUCGCAUAGCUUUUAUUUUUCUAGGAGAGCUUAGAAAUGCCGUUGCUACGCUUGCGGGAUGUCACACUCGGUGGCUUACAUUCUUAUUUGUUACGCUGAACUUUAUCUUAUUUUCGUCGCUGCUUCCAAGACGAGCGCACCUCAUCCACACUCACAUCCAGUGCCUUCAUUCAAAUACACACGCGCUGUACACAGACACAGAAACAAGAUAAAAGAGGAAGAUAAUAGCUCGUUGUUUGGACCUGCGGUUCUGAACGGUGUUCACCACUGAGAGUAUAUUUACGGGGAUAAGGGAUACAGCCGAGCUAUUACGAACCGAGGAAGGCAGCUAAUUGACUUCUUUUUAUUUAUUUAUUUUUCGUCUUCUUUCAAAUCUCCUCCUUCGUAUCGCUCUUUAAGACCGCGCGCACUUAGCACGGCUCUCUCUAUAGCAUUUUGACCCUGUUCAGUUCAGGACAAAAAAAAAAGAAA